CCAGCACCAUGGCUGGCUUCUGGCAGACGAUCCUGGCCUUCAGGAAAUACCUGAUCAUAGUGUCUGUACCCCUCUUGUUUCUUCCUCUGCCUCUGGCUGUUCCUACCAAGCUUGUUCCAAAGCUCCUUCUUCCUCCCAGCUCUUUUUCUGAGUGUUAUCAGAGAUUUUGGAGCUAUGACCAGAGGACCACAAGCAAGAAUGACAGCGUGGCACUGGUCUGAGGAGGCCCAAUGCGGUUACACUAUCAUCAUCAUGGCCCUGUUUUGGUGCACGGAAGCCUUGCCGUUGGCUGUCACAUCUCUUUUUCCUGUCCUGCUGUUCCCACUAAUGAACAUCAUGGAUUCAACAACAGUCUGCCAGGAGUACCUGAAGGACACUAAUAUGCUUUUUAUUGGGGGACUGCUGAUGGCCAUUGCUAUUGAGAACUGGCAGCUGCACAAGCGCAUUGCUCUGCGGGUUUUGCUUAUCACUGGUGUCAGACCAGCCCUACUUCUCAUGGGUUUCAUGAUUGUGACUGCCUUCCUGUCGAUGUGGAUCAGCAACACUGCCACCACUGCCAUGAUGGUCCCAAUUGCACAAGCAGUGUUGGAACAGUUGCACAAGUCUGAAAUGGAGUCUAGUACAGCUGGCCAAGUGUCUGAAAACAUCAAUAAAGCCUUUGAACUGCAGGAAGAGGCAACCAAACCAGAGAGCUCCAGAGAAACAGAGAAAAAAGAUGUAGGAAAUAGUCAUGUCCUGACGGUCGAGGAAGAUAAAAAGAUAAAUGAAAAUCUGCUAGAUGAGAAACACAAGCAAUUCUGCAAGGGGAUGUCUCUCUGUAUUUGUUACUCAGCCAGUAUCGGAGGGAUUGCAACUCUGACUGGGACAACACCAAAUCUGAUACUGCAGGGACAAAUUGCUGAGCUCUUUCCUAACAACGACAAUGUCAUCAACUUUGCCUCUUGGUUCUCCUUUGCCUUCCCCACUGCGAUCGUGUUACUGGUUUUGACAUGGAUUUGGCUGCAGAUACUGUACUUGGGCUUUAAUUUUCGGAAGAAUUUUGGUUGUGCUUCAAGUGCCUCUGAAAAGGUCAAGGAGCAACACGCCUAUAACAUUAUAAAGGAAGAGUGCAAGAAAUUGGGCUCAAUGAAAUUUCCAGAAAUAGCAGUUUUGAUCCUCUUUGUACUACUGGUACUGCUCUGGUUUACACGAGACCCCGGGUUCAUACCAGGUUGGGCAACAGUUCUUUUCAACAAAAAUGAUACAAGCUAUGUCACUGACACUACAGUUGCCAUCUUCAUUUCAGUUCUGUUGUUCAUCAUCCCUUCCAACAUUUCUAACAAAGACAAACAAACAGGCAGCAAGUCAAAGAUCCGAGCACCUCCAGCUCUCUUGGACUGGAAAACAGUUCACCAGAAAAUGCCAUGGAACAUUGUGUUUCUGCUGGGAGGUGGCUUUGCCUUAGCCAAAGGCAGCGAGGAAUCUGGUCUGUCUUCAUGGUUAGGUACCAAACUGACUCCUCUGCAGCAAAUCCCUCCUCCAGCUAUUGCUUUCCUGUUGUGCCUCCUUGUUGCCACGUUCACCGAGUGCGCCAGCAAUGUGGCCACCACUACCCUCUUCCUCCCUAUUGUGGCUUCAAUGGCUGAAGCGAUCUGCCUCAAUCCGCUCUAUGUCAUGCUGCCCUGUACAGUUUCUGCAUCAUUGGCGUUCAUGCUCCCAGUGGCCACUCCUCCUAACGCCAUCGUCUUCUCAUAUGGACAACUCAAAGUUAUAGAUAUGGCCAAAGCUGGGUUUGUACUCAACAUCCUAGGAGUUCUGACGAUAACUCUAGCCCUCAACACCUGGAGUUCAUCUUUGUUCCAGCUGCAAACUUUCCCAUCUUGGGCAAAUAAGACAGGUAAAUGCCCAUAAAAUGGAGAGGCGAAGGAAUCACCAGCUGUUUCUGUCAGAACUGCAAUGAGAGCAAGACCAUCAUCUGCACAAGUUUUGCCAAUGCAGCAGUUAAGAGACAGGCACAUUCUGUGGAAAAGGAUAAGCCACCUACGAGCAAAAUCGUUCAGCUGACAGCAGCAAUAAAAUUGCCUAACAGCGCUGUUUAGCGGGCAAUUUUGUUACCCCAGCAGUAAGAAAAUGUAACCUUUGGCUUUUCAACUGUUCCAGGUAUCUUUAGAUUUUCUGUCUCUGCAGGGGUACUUUUUCCCCAAGCACUAACGACCAUCACUUCUCAAGCUCUACCUGUGAAGUUUGAAAUGUGCAGUGAGAAAGAAGAAAGAAGACAGAGAUGUGUAUAUAAAAGGAAGGAGAAAGACUCUAUGUACCUGGUUUCAUGCACAUAUCUGUAUGUUGCCACAACUAAAAUGAAUAUUCACCUGUGUAUGAGUAUACAGGCCUCUGUGUAUACAUACAAAAUGCACAUGAUUGUUAUAUACUCCAUGGACAUUCACAGCAAGGUGUGUGUUGGAUGAUUACAGACAAAUCACAUCCUGUCAGCCCGUUUUACUACUUUGAAACAUAUUUAUUUGCAGUCCACUUCUGAAUGUAAAAGACCAUAUUUUCCUAGAGCAUCUGUCCCAUUGUUAUUUAUGUAAGAUCACAGCCUGUAAGGUCAUGAUAGGAAUAGCAAUAUUGUCUUGAGAAAGGGAGAAUCCAUGUGUCCUAAAAUAUAUAUGAUCGAAUUAAAGAUUUUUUUUAUGAA